CCCCCUCAAAUCAGGAUAUCACCCCGCCCACCCCUUCCCCUCGCGCCUCCCGACCUUGCCCCUUGCCGCUCCCUAUUCCAUUUGGGGGAGAGCAACAGAGAAACACCCCCCGAUGGACGGCUCCGGUACCGCCACGGCCACGCUACGCCGCGAGGCGGUCUUCUCCCCGCCCAGCUCGCCGCGCUCGCCGCUUCGGAGCUUCCGCCUGGGGCCGCGUGGCUGUUCACUUUCCUUCGGCUGCCCGGUGCACCACUACCAUCAGCAGCACCGGCUUUUGCAGUCGCCACGGAGCCCGCGCGGCCUCGGUGCCGGCGCAUCCCCUCUCGGACGGCCACUCCGGGGGAUUUACAAAGUUCGCCGGGGUGGCGGCCCACUGCUCAGCCCGAAGCUCCAACGCGCGGCCCUCGACUCGCAGCGCUCCCUCCGGCGCCUGGAGCUGGCCCGACAGCGGGCCGCUCGAGCCCCACCUCGGCCGCCAGACUUCUCCCAGCCCCCGCCGGAUCUGCGCCACCGGGCAACCAUCAUCAUCCCGGUGAGCAGCUUGGCCGACCUGCCGGCGCCCUUCUCCUCGGCCGGGCACUUGGGCCCAUCGCCGGCGGCCGCGCUUCACCGCCUGGCCCGGUACUUCUGCGAGCCCGCACAUCGGGCUGUGGCGGUCCUUGGAGCGGGGAUUUCCACCUCCAGUGGCAUCCCGGACUUCCGGUCACUGACCGGUGUCUAUGAGCAAGCCGAGCAUCUGGUCGAUGGUGGCCCGGGCACCCAGGCGGCAAAGCCCCGCCGCGGCGCCGCCCGUCGUGGCCAGGACCUCUUCGAUGCGAGCGUCUUUUAUGAUCCCGAGCGAACGAGGGACUUUUUGAGGCUGAUGGCGGUUCUGGCGCAGCACUCGCGCCGGGCCUCGCCGACCCCGGUGCACAAGUUCCUGCGUGAGCUCGAGGGCGAGGGGAAACUCCUCCGGGCAUACACCCAGAAUAUCGACAAACUCGAGCGCAAAGCCGGCCUUGGCGACCGGACAGUGGUCGAGCUUCAUGGGACCCUCGACACGGUGUACUGCACCCUUUGCCAUGAGACCUUCCCGCUGGUCGAGCAUGAGGCCGACCUUCUUGGCGGGGGCUUCCCCGUGUGCCCGGCCUGCAAGGCGAUUGACGAUUUCCGUAAGGCCAAUAGCUCGCGCUCGCGCGGUGUCGGCCGCCUGCGUCCCAGUGUGGUCCUCUAUAAUGAGUCGCAUCCCCGCGCGGAAGAUAUCUCCGAGGAUGUCGAGCGCGCGCUCAAGGACCAGCCCACCCUGCUGAUGGUCAUGGGGACGUCGCUCAAGGUGGAUGGCUGCCGACACCUUGUCCGGCAACUGUCUCGCGCUGUCCGCAACAACGGUGGCAUUUCCCUCUAUUUCGACAACUCCCCCCUGGCUCCCGAGUGGCUGGGGAUUUUUGACUGGCACAUCAUGGGAGACCUCGACCAGGCAGUGAUGAUCCUCAACUCCUGGCGUCAAUGCUAUCGCACGGCGGCUCGCAGCGAUGCGGUCAUGAGUGCCCGCCAGGCAGUGCCCUCCUUUUCCGUCUCUUGGGGACGCAUGCAACGGGGCCUCCAGUACCGAGGCCCGGUCUUGGAUCGAGAUGACUCAUCUUUCGCCCAGGACCGGCGCUGGCGCGGGGUGGCCCGCCAGGCAGCCGCCGAGCUUGGGCCCCGGCCUUCGGCCUCGGACAUGGUCACCAUCCGCCCGCCCAAAGGUGCGGUCGGCCGGAAGCCGGCCGUGCGUCGAUCGCCUGCCCGCAAGUCUGCCAGCUCCUCCUCCUCCUCCUCCUCCUCCUCCUCCUUGCGACUCGACUUUGCCCGGCAAUUCCCUGCCGAGCAGGCCUGGCGGCGUUUCUCCCGACGCACUGGCGAGUAUGGCACCGUGGCUGAGGGCUGGCCGGCGGGGGCCUCCGGCACGCCGGUCACUCGCCAGGAAUGUCCGCCCUUCCCCUCGGUGCCCAUCAGCCUGCUCGACCGGGCGGCUCCUUCCACCCCGGGCCUGACGAGCACCAGCAGCGGGACCUCAUCGCCCCUGCUGGACCCGGUGGGAUUGGGAUCACCCUCGCCGGCGGGGGCUCUGCUCAGUCGACGAGGCCGGGGCAACUCGCAUCAGGCCCCCUUGGCGGUGUUGGCCCCGUCGCCGGCGCUUUCCUCUCCUCGCGGAGCUCGGACCCCGACGCGCUCUUCGAGCGACCUGCCCGCCGGCCUGGCAUCCCCCUUCCGUGAGCCCAUUCGUCUGGUGGCCAAUGGUGCUGCCGGUCUCGGAGGUGGCACAAAUGUGGAAUCCCUGCUGCUGGCGGCCGGGGGUCCGGCCUCGCCAUUGCCUGUUGAGCAUCACAUUCUCGUGGCGUCUCCGCGAUCAGGGGCCGCGCCGACAUCGGCUACCGGGCUGAACAGCGCCUGCUGGUCCCCCUCGCGGCUGACCAUCGUGUCAACCUCGGCCUCGGCCUCGCGUUCUCACCUUUCCCCCGAUCCUGGGCUUUAUACAUUCCAGCAGCUGAGCCCCAGUCAGCGGGCAUUUGAUCUUCGCCGGGCGACCGCUGACACGGUCGGUUGCCGGGCGGACGCCGUCCCCAGGCGCGGGUGUGCCACUCCUGACGGGGUCCGGUCGCCUUCAAGCAAGUCGGCCAUGGCCCGGCUUCCGCCACGCCCCCCGAAUGUCGGAUCGCCGGCGCCCGGCGGGGAGCCCCAUCACCGCCGAGGGAGUCUUCCCCUGGUGUCCCCGCUGCUGGUGCUGACCAGCGCCAGCGGGACCACCGAUUCCGGGUCCUCCUCGGUCGAUGAGUUCGAUGGACCUCGGCCGGGGGUUGGUGGCCCGCCUCCGCGGAUACCCUUUUCCCUGGCCGAGACCGGGCCUCGGGGAGAGAGUCCCGCGCCACCAAGCGCCGAUCGGCCCCGCCGGCGGCUGGUGCCGGCUGCCGCCGGCCCAAAGCCACCGACCCCUGGCCGGCGCAGGAGCGCGCGCAUCCGAUCCGCACGGUAG